AUAACAUUAACACAAUGGCAACGGCUACAAAGCCCGCGCCGAUAGUCGUCCAGGACGCCAAGGACGUCAACGGGCCGAGCGCCUCGGUGCCCGCGACGCCCAAGACCCCACGCACGCCAGCGGCAACAACAACGACGUGGCCGGCGUCGUCGUCGUCUUCGUCUACGGCUGCGGCCGCCGCGGCGCUCGCGCCAACGCACCCCCUCGCGGCCGAGCUCGCAAGCCUGAGGCAGCAGCUUGCGCAGUACCGCUCCGCCGCGCACCAGGCGAGCAUCGACGUGCAGGGCGUGCGGCUCGAGCUCGAGCUGAGCAAGGAGGAGGCGGCGGGGCUGCGCAAUACCAACGGCGCUUUGCAGGCCGAGGUGGACACGCUGAGGUCCACGCCCGACCCGCCAGUCAAGCCGGCCCCGUCCAAUGCGCUCGCAGAGUUAUCCCUCGCCCACCGCCGCCUGAGCGCCAAGCUCGACUUCACCGAGGCGCAGCUGGCCGCUACGGCGCUCGAGCUGUCGGCCGCCAAGCAGGAGCUGCAUGCCAGCCACCGCGCACGGGAGAAGGAGCGCGCGGCGGCGCUCGAGCUCGAGCGUAUCGAGGAGGACAGGGAAGAUGAGAUUGUCUGGGAGCGCAACGAGCGCAGGCGCAUCGAGGAGCAGAAGAAGUUGUGCGACCUCGCACUCGAGGAGUACAAGUCCCUUGUCAAGACGCUCGACCCCAAUGCCGUGCCCCCGCCGCUGCCGAGACGCAAGCCGAGCGAUAACAUCCUGACAACGCCACCGCUUCUCGAUGGCAAGACUGGAGAAUCUGCCGUUGUGGACAAGCCGGAGCGCAAGGAGUCCAAGAACUGGAAGGAGGUCAAGAAGGGCGAGGCGUUGGCUCAGGCCCAGACCGAGGACGAGGACGUGAAGGAGGUGGACACGCCUCCGGCCGUUACCCCUGGAGAUGACACCGCUUCGGUGGCCGAGGCGGUCGCUGUCGUGCCGGUCGCGACAUACACGAUCGACGACGGCGAGGACGAGGACGAGGAUGACGAGAUCGAUCAGCUCUCCAAGCCCUCUGACACGUCCGAGGCCCCAGCUGUCAAUUCGGCGUCCGCGUCCGCCGACGCCAUCUCCAACUUGCUCCUCGGACAGCGUGGCGUGCACCGCCUGUUCAAGGACUUUGCCGCAGCCCUCUCAGCCAAGGACUCGGAAAUCCGCAAGCUGCAUACCCAGAUCGACGAGCUCCAGACCGAGGCCACAGUCGCCAAGGACCAGCUGACGGCCGAGACUGCCGUCCGCGUCGAGGCCCAGGUCGACCGCGACCGCGUGCUCCGCGACGACGCAAGCGCCGCCAAGGUUGUCGAGCGGUACAUGACGUUCUCGCAGAAGGCCCAUGCCACGGUCCACAUGCACCUCGGCCACCUUCGCCAGCGCUCAGCAGCAACGCAGAAGGCCCUGCGUGCCGACGCCAAGGUGGCCCGCCAACGCCUCCGUGGCGAAACGGAACGUGCGACGCGCCUGCGUGGCGCGGCGGAAGAACUCGCGUCCGAGCUCGGUCGCGAGGCCGCUGGCCGUCGUCGCGAAGUCGCCCUCCGCCUGCAGCUCAUUGCUGCGGACGAGGCUCGCGCCCGCAAGGCCGAGUCGUGGCUCGACAAGCUGAGACGUGCCCGCGAGGCCGCCGAAGCCGACGGCCGCGGGUUCAUCGCUCCUGACGCGGCGUCCUCGCUCCUCACCGAGGCUGCGGCACUGCUUGGGCCGCUCGAGGCUGCGGCCGAGCAGGAGGCACCAGGAAGCAGCCGCAAGGGCUGGCGCGGACGCUGGCUCGGUGGCGGACGCAAGGCCAGCGUUUCGGCCGGUGCGGCGGCCGUCGCCACACCGCAGGACGAAUCUGUUGCCCGUGUGUUCCUUGCCGAGGAGCUCGUGCAGCACCUCGUUACCGACCUGCAAAUCGAGACGGAGCGCCGCGUCGAUCUCGAGCGCCAGCGUGUCGCGUGGCUCGCCAAGGAGGCCGAGGAUGGCGUCGCGCCAGAACUGGACGGCGAGACCAGUGGUUUGUUGUGGGAUGCGGACGGUGACGAGGGUGCCGGUGAGGGUACCAACACGGAUGAGAAGGAGGAGGACGAUGAGACGAAGAAGAAGACGACACCAGAGGACGACACCCCGUCCCUUCCCCAACUUGAGGAGCUCAGCGGCCUGUUCGAGCCCCUGGAGGAAAGAUACCGCCCUCUCCAGAAGUCUCUGCACGACCAGUCCAUCUCGCUCGCAGCGCUGCGUGCUACUGCGGCCGAAACCCCCUCGUCAACUUCGCCGGGCGGCACUCCCGACUCCAAGCGGUCGACGUUCCGCGCAAACCUGGGCCUCCGCCCUGGCCGCACGGCGCACGACGACCUCGUGGCGCUCCUCGACAGCCUGCACGAGGUGAUCGAGGACGCGCGUGUGGACACGGAGAUUGCCGUUGCGGACGAGGACCGUGUGUUCCACGGAUUCGCGGCGCUGCUGGGUGUCGGCGCGAGCGGUGUCGUGCAGGCUGCGAGCGUGAUCCGCGACGCGCACGCCUACAUCACCACGCGGGUUGGGCCUGACGCGCCGCACGCCAAGCUGACGACGCGCGUCAACGACAUUGAGCACGACCUCAUGGCUAUCAAGCGCACGCUGCACGAGGCGGAAGGCAUGGCACAGGAGGCCGAUGACGCCGGCGCGCCGACCCCGACGCCGAAGAAGAAGGAGCGCAGGAGCGUGUGGCACCAGAUCGAGCUGCGCACCGUCACGCCGAGCGCGCAGCGCCCACUCCACCCGAGCCUUGCGCCGGCGCCGGCACUGGCGUCGGACGACGUCGACGACGACGAUGACGACAGCUUUACCACUGCGCGUCCCGGUGGCGCCGCGGCGACGGCCGCAGCCGGCACGCGCUCGAUUCUUUCCAGCGUCGGGCGUACCUUCUCGUCUGGCGUGGCCGGUGCCGCGUCCGGUGUGGCGGCAGCCCCUCGCCAGGUGGGCGACCUCGCCGGCGGCCUGUUCCGCCCGCUUGGUCGUGCGCGCGCCAAGUCGCGUGCGGACGAGACGCAGCCCCUGACUGCUGCUGCGACCAAGAACGACGACGAUGUGGAGUAGUACGUACCCUGCGGAGAGAAGCCCCUGCUAUAGAUGUAGAGUCGCUUGUAGACUGGCAUGUACUUGUUCUUUUCUGUGCACGAGC